AUGAAUAAACGUGAAGAUGCCUUGAUAGAGGCUAUACAAAAGAAUGCCGAAGAAACUGAACGCUGGAGGACGUAUCUAAAGGAAAAUGAGACGGCCAAAGAGAAUUUGGCAAUGUUCCAGAAACGCUACACCGUUGAGGUAAUGGUGCCGGUGGGCAAGAAAGCCCUAAUGCCUGGACAUCUAAUACACACAAAUGAAGUGUUGGUUGGUCACUAUCAAGGAUACUUUUCAAAAUGUUCGGCACACACGGCGGGUCAGAUAUGUGAUUUGCGCAUUAAAACCGCCAAGGAACACUUAAAGAAAUUGGAAACCGAAUUGGAGAUGUGGCAAAACAAGUUGGAAAAACCUUAUGUCGAAGGUGUAGUGCCAAGUGGUGAGGAACGUGAAAUCAUCGAAGACUUUGAUGAGGAAAAAGAAAAGCUUUGGAAGGAACAACACAAAAUACGAGUACGUGAGGCGAAGCAACAGGAAAAAUUGGAACGUGAAAAGGAAUUGGCCAAGGAACAACAAAAAUCCAAAGAAAAUGAAACUAAAGAAAAAUCCGAUGAGGAAAUAUUUAAAAUGUUGGAGGAAGCUGAAAUCAUGGAAGAGUUGGAACAGGAAUUGGAAAAUUUGGAAGUUGAUGAGGUCAAUGAUGAAACCAUAAGGAAACUAAUGUCUGGAGAAAUGCAUUUGCCACCGGAAAAGAAAAGAGUGGCGCAUGAUCUAGCCAAGAAAGAGGAAACCGAAAAGAAAAAGGAUGAAAAGAAAGAAGAAAAUGAAAAUGUUGAAGGAGCCACUCUACAAACAAAUAUUGUCAAGAAAACAUCCCUGAAAAGUAAUAAGGUUAUGGCAACAAAUAAUAAUGUGGUUCCCAAUCCGGAAAUAAGCGUAGAAAACGCUGAUGACGAUGAAGAACCCCUGCCGGAAGAAGUGAGAAUUAUCAAAGAACAGGCCAAAUUUCUCGACAAUGAAGAUCAAAUUGGUUUCUAUGAAUAUCAAAUUGAAAUAAUACGACAAAAGAUCAGAUCUUUGUCAUUACGCAGUGAAGAGGAUGUCAAUGAAAAGGUGCGACUACUAACCGUAUUAGAUCAUAUGGAGGAGUUGUUGGAUUUUGCUGAAACAGCAGCCGGUAAUGAAGAAUUAGAAUUGGCUGAAAAGCAAGAAGAGGAAUCGGAAAAAGAAUCAAAGAAGGAAGAGGAGGCACAUAACGAUAAGGAAAGUGCCAAAAGUACACAAAAGAGAAGAAUCUCCUUUGCCGCCGAAGAUCAAACAUUGGAAUUUUGUAAAAACGAGGCAGUUACACAAAUGUUACCCAAGCGAGACAUUAUUCGUUUAGAUGAUGAUGACGAUCUGACUAAAGCAAAAGAUAAGGAAAAUAUUCCUCCUGUUGCUGCCUCGCCCGAUAAAAAAGAUUUAAUAAAAGCCAGAGUAGAACAAAAUUUCCAAUUUGCUUCGGAAACCCAAAGUAAACAAGAUUUUGAUUUGGUUAAUAAGAUAUUGGAAACUUCGAUGGGUAAAAUUAAUACGCUGCAUAUAAAAUUUAAACAUUCCCCUGCCUCUCCUUCUUCUUCUCAGAGUGAUAAAGUGUCAAACACAAUAAUGGAAAAUGUCGAUAAUAGAGAUAGUGAAAUUCCUGGAAGUCCAGCGGAUUUUUACGAUUUAUAUUUAAAAUCAUUGGAAGGCCAACAGGAAGAGCAACCAUCCACGUUGUUCAUUAACAGCUAUGAGGGUGAGGAUAAAGUUAAGAUUCCAGUUUUAAAAGAAUCGGAUCGUCAACAGGCCUAUACAGAUCCCAAGGCAGAGUUUUCAAAUCCAAAAUCAAUAUUGAGAAAUAAAUCUGCUGUGGACAAGGAAAAUCAAAGCAAUGCUGCAGAAACGGAGCAAGUCGAUAAAAAGAAAAAACCAAAAAAGAAAAGGACACCGAAAGAGGAAGAGGAGUUCUUAAGUGCCUAUUAUAAGGUUAUGAAUGAUGUUGUGGAAAAGCCAAUAACAGAACCAGAACCUUUGCCUGAGGGUAAAUUUGUUGAUGCCCAUGCGCCCAAACGUAGGGUGAGCCGUUUUAAGCAAAUGCGUCAGGGAACUGAAAAAACAUAA